GGCGGGGGGUUGGAGGCAGGUGGGAGGGGCCGGCUCAGCUGCAGCUGCGCCGCUUCGGGCCACGGCAAGGGAGGGGAGCCGCCGCCCCGCAUUGGGCGCCCGGCCGGAGUGACUCCGGAUUGGCAGCGCCGCCGGCGGGAUCCCGGCCAGGCUCUGGGCAGCGGCGCUUCGCGGCCGGAGCGGCCCUCGCAGACCGAGGAGGCGGCGGCGGAGGCGCACAACCGCCCGGCGGCUCGGAGCACCUCGCUGGCAGGUGCCCAGCAGCCGCCUGCCAUGGCCUCCCACAUCUUGCACCGCCUGCGGCAUGCACUGAGCGGAGAGGGGGCCCGGGAGGGACCGGCAGGCGGCAGCCCCGAAGCCGAGGAGUUUCCCGAAAGCUCGGAGCUGGAGGAUGACACCGAGGGCCUCUCCACCCGGCUCAGUGGGACUCUGAGCUUCACCAGCGAGGAGGAGGAGGAGGAAGAGGAAGAUAAUGCCAGCGCGGCCAGGCGGGAGCUGGAGGAACCCCUGGAUUCAGGCCUGCCUGGGGAGGCGGCGGCGAACGGAGGAGCCACCGUUGGUGCAGAGCACAGCCCCCCCUUGGGGGAGCGCCGGGGCAGUAACAUGCUCACGCGGCAGCUGCAGGAGCUCUGGCGGAAGUCACGUGGCAGCCUGGUGCCCCAGCGCCUCCUCUUCGAGGUCACCAACGCCAACGUGGUCAACGAGCGCAACUCCAAGUACGUGCUCUACACCAUCUACCUGAUCCGGGCGGGCCAGUUUGACCAGGCCCCUGCCACGAUUGCCCGCCGCUACUCGGAUUUUGAGCGGCUGAACCGGCACUUGCGCCGCCACUUCAGCAGCGACAUGGCCGGAGUCUCCUUCCCGCGGAAGCGGAUGCGGCGCAACUUCGCGGCCGAGACCAUCGCCAAGCGCAGCCGGGCCUUCGAGCAGUUCCUGGCCCACCUGCACGCCUUGCCGGAAAUCCGCCGCUCGAGCGGCUACCUGGAGUUCUUCUUCUUGAACGACCUGCAGGGGGCGCAGCGGCUGACGGGCAGCGGCAUGUACCGGGAGGCCCUGGCGGCCUGGACCAACGCUCACCGGCUGCAGGGCAAGCUGGGCGCCUGCCGCUCCGGCCACUUCCUGCUCACCCUGGCGGGCCUGGCCGUCUGCCACCAGGAGCUGGACCAGUUGUGUGAGGCCCGUGGCUACUUGGAGCAGGGCCUGCAGCUGCUGGAGGCUAGCGACAGCCACCCGCUGCUGGCCCCCUUCCUGCAGGCCCACAUCCAGCUGGCCUUGGUGCGGGGCCAGGACGCACGGCAGGCCCAGGCCCGGCUGCAAGGCCUCCAGGAAGCUGGCCUGGCUGGGCUGCAGCCGCCCACCCUGAAGGAGCUGCUCAUCAAGCAGACUUUGCCCUGAGCCCUGCGGAAGAGCCGGAGGGCCAGCAGCCGCCCUGGCGGGGCUUGCAUGGCAGGGGGCAGGAGCUGCCGGCCCUGGAAGCGAGAGGUGCGCCGGAGGAGUGGAGGCUGCCGUGCUGAUCCUGUCGCUUGGGGCAGCUUUCGUGCCAGCUGGCUUCCAUGGGAGGAACUGAGGAGGCACAGCCCCUGCAGCUUCCGGAGGGGCUUGUCUCUUGCGUGGGGGAAUUAGCUGCUAACAGGGGAUGCUAACACUACUGGGGAAAGGGGUGGUAGCAGCUACCAUGUUGGUUCAAUCAGCUGAGGAGGAGCAAAAAAGGGAAGCUUGUGGGAGGUGCUGCUGCGGGACGGGGGCUCUCCAGACUCUCUCCCCAUAACGUGGUGUGGAAGACAGAGGGAGCCUGGCCCCUCUGCAUUGCAGCCCCAGAAAAACAAGAGCCUCGUGGGAAGCCUCGGUCACUUUAUUAGCAGUAGGGAGAGCCGAAGCCCGGCGGCCUGCGUCUAACCAAUAAAUAAAGCCACCCUGGCCAGUG